UGGGCGAGAAGAGGGAGCAAAGCGGCUUCUGCCCUUAUCCCUUCCGCCAUGUCCCUCAUCUCUUCCUUCCUCCACCUCAAUCUCCGCCAUCCGUCUCCCUUCCUCCAUGGCUCCCUCCCUCCUCUACCCAAGAUCUCACCUUUCUCCUCCCCGGCCGCGCGGCCACAGCCCCCGCCCUCCGCCCUCACCGUCAGGGCCAUGAAGACCAUGCAGGGCCGGGUGGUCUGCGCCACCAACGACAAGACCGUGGCGGUGGAGGUCAUCCGCCUCGCCCCCCACCCCAAGUACAAGCGCCGCGUCCGCAAGAAGAAGAAGUACCAGGCCCAUGACCCCGAGAACCGGUUCAAGGUCGGCGACUACGUCCAGCUCGAGAAAUCCCGCCCCAUCAGCAAAACCAAGGCCUUCGUCGCCAUCCCCGUCACCGCCCGCAACGCCCCCAAGUCGGCCCAGCCUGUGCCGCUCGAUCUCGAUUUGCCCCCUCCAGAGUCUCAGGACUAACAGGGAAGCCCCGACAUCACUCGUUGGAUGUACUAAGCCCUUUGUUGUCAUUAAUUUCCUAGUGCAUGACAUGUUGCGGAUUAUUCUUGCCAUCUCUAAUGCAUGGUGUUUCUUUACUGUAUAUUUUCACUUUAUUUCAAGACUUGGCUAUUAUCUCUUCAUGUGGUUGUUUAACAUUGCUUACUUUAUGUAUGCUAUUAUGUGUGUGUCCUUGUAAGCUUUUUCAUGUAGGGCAUUUAAGUUAAA